AAUUUGUGUAUAAUAGGUACAUACAUAUAUACGUAUAUCGUGCAAAGAAGCGGAAGAAUGAGUCUUUCACCAGUUGCCAACAGGAGUUUUCUCCAUGGAGAUCAGAAAGCAUUUCCUACCGGAGAGUCACCGGAUAAGAUCAUCUACGCAACUCUCGAUAGUCUGGCUUUGAAGAGAGCAACGUUGCCUCUGCAAUUAUUACCCGUUCAUAAUAACAACGUCACAACCGAAGGAACAAAGGGGCUAACGAAUGCCGAUGCCGAUGCCAGGAGGUCCAGUUUGAAGAUCGACGUUGCGACCAGUUUGUCAUCGAAACACCAUCCAAAAUACUUGUUACUCGUACCCUCGACGAAGCCAACAGAGUCUCAGGAAAACAGAUGGAAAAAUAGCAAAGAGGAUUCCAGGGCUGCCGUUGAGCAACAUGAUCGAAAAAAAACUGUCGUUGAUGUUGCGUACUUGCAGAGUAUAAGCACCGAUAACAACGAUAUCGGUGUAACUUUGAUAAGAGUCGAAGCGAAAGCGGAAGAUAGGGAGACUCCUGUGAUCAGAGAAACCAUGAAAAUUGAACGCGAUUUCGAUAAUUGUCAUUCGACGAACGACGAUAUCAGGGGAUGUUCAAGUUGUAAAAGGGAAAAGGAAUCUCCGUGGGAUAAUUACGAGAGGAUAGAAUCGGUGGGUGGAAGAAACGCGUGGUGGGAUGUUCGGAAGGAAAGGAAGCGGAAGGAGUGUGACACAAGUCUCGAAAACGAGGAAAAAUCUUUGUGCUCGACAGAUGCAUUGGUGAAAUCAAAGAGUUCUUCGGAUACGAGACUGGCUGAUUGUGACGAAGGGUACUUAAUCGAAACGUUCUCAGAGGAAGAAUUACCGGAAAGAUUGUUUUCUAACGAGAAUUUGAAGUGUGGGAAAAAGAAAAAGCACUUUGCCAAAAACGUGUUGCAUUUUGUAGUACCAGAGUACCUCGUGAAAGGACCAAAGAGAAGGCAGAAGAAAAAAAGCAAUCUGAGUGUGUCAUUGAGUUCAUUGAAAGCAUCAUCGAUUGACUCGAACCUAGGGGCUCGAGUAAAUUGUAACUCUAGGUACAGAUCGAGGAGUCUCUCCCGCGAAGAAUUCAAAUUCCUAAAAAUCUCAUCGCCGACGAACUUUGUGCACGUUGCAUCUGCCACGAAUCCGAGUUUGAUAUUGAACAAAAGAACGGUCGGGUUGAAUUUAGAGCAAGUGGUAAUUACGCACGAAGAGAAGUGUGCCACGUUACCUCUUCUCGUUGCAACGAACAAUUCAAUGGCUGGAAAUCAGACGACGGGGGAAUGUUCGAUCGCUAAAACCGAGAGGAUGUCCUUUUUUAACGUAUCCUCGUCAGUUUCUGAUAAAACAGCAAAGGAAGAAGGCAAAGGCGGAGGCUCGUUUGAUUUUACAAGUGUGAAACGCGAAUUGUUAUCCAAGUUGGAUACACCAUUUUCGGUAAAAACGUUGGAGUCCAGCCAGCAGGUGAAAACGAGCAAGUAUGGAGGAAAUAUACGCGAAGGGAAAACAACGUACAAGCCGGCAGUGCGUGAAUCGACUGUGGUGUCGUUGCCUGCCGAGUUACAUACCAAUUCGAGCUUUCUGUGGAGCAAUCGGAGCAACAGUUAUUCAGAGAAUACGCGUUACGAACAAAUGCAAUCUAUUCUGAGCCACGAGAAUCCAGAAGACGUAGAUGUUGCCGAAGAAUACGAUGACGUAGGACCUCUAAAUCUUAUCGUCCAGGAGGAUAAUUACGACGACGUGGGCACACCGGUAUCUCACUCUGAUGGAAGCUGUAUCAACCAAUUAUCAACAGCUUUCGAAGAUUUUGAUAGCAUCUAUGAUGGUGUUAUGGCUCCGUGUAACAUGGAAAAUGUAUUCGUACGUAAUCAGACAGAAAUGUACGAAAAGGAAUCGAAACAAGAAAACGACAGCCAUCUGUCCGAGAACAACCAGUACUCUAGCGUGGACGAAAAUACCGAUGACACGCAAGAUAAUGAUCAGGACGUGUAUGAUGACGUCGGUUUACCGAGCCAGGAACGAGUCAACAGUCUGUAUGCUGGCUCUACAACGGGCUCGAUCUUAGGAUCGACUUCGGCAAACGGCAAAGAAUCUGAGUGGGAAGACUUAGAGGAGUCAACGACUAUUAGCCUUUCUUAUCACGCGGACAAAGACGCGAAAGUUGAUUUAUCAAUUACGGAAACGCAAGUCGCGUCGAGUAAAAGGAGGUUGUCUGGACAAAAAUUGUGUCGAAAAACGAGAAGGCAACGAACCAGAGUAUCGAGGAAAAGCUUCAAGUCGUCAUCCUCUCAAGUGUUCCAUGAUGACACAUCCGUCGACACCACGUACGAGAGUCUCCGUUCCUUCCAGCCGGAUGACUUCAGCUCGGAUUCGGAAACUGAAACGAUCAGAAGAAUGGAGCAAAAGAUUCCGAAUCCAUCCACGGUGAGCACGUAUUUCGAAGCGCCCACCAAGCCAAAUCCUCCUCCACCGCGCGAACUUAGCUUGACUCGUACCCUUGGCAAAAGAAUCAAGAUGUUCCGAAGAACGUGGACCAUCACUAAAGGCAAUCUGGGUCGCAUGCGAAGAAGUAGCUCGGUUCACGAUGGUCAUUCCUACGAGGAGAACAAAUAUGUCUCCAACGAUCACUCGAAUUUAGAUAGCGGAAAAUAUUUUAAUCUCACCAGGCAUUUUAGAAAAAGCGUUUCGGGGCCUUUAUCAACUUUUUACUUAAACGGUUACACCACAAACGACACUACCACUCAUGACUCCACCACAAAAAGUUGCCGCGACGAAUUGGAUCACUACAGUGUACUCGCUGAACAGGAGCCUCUGUAUCAAUUUUACGCAGCGGCUGCUGCUAGAAGUGCGUACGACUCCAUUUCCGAUGGUUGCUAUGAGGUCAAAGGCAUGAUCCCUUCCCCAGGUACCACAGAUCUGGCGAAACCAGGAUACAAGACGCUAUGGUGCCAGACACCCCAAGUUAUAAAUAACGGCCUUUUACAACGAUUAAACACAGAAGAGAAAAAGAUUCAGGAAGCAAAGUUUGAAAUUCUGACCUCAGAAGUAUCGUACUUGAAUUCUCUUCGUGUCUUAAGAAAUGAAUUCUUCAAUGAACCCCUGAUCAAUGAAAUCUUACCUCCGAGCGAAAAAGAUAAAUUGUUCGGCGAUAUUCCUAGCGUGUUACGAGCCUCGGAGCAAUUUCUGGCCGAAUUAGAAACCGUAUGGAGACAGGAUCCUAUGUUAUACGCUUUGCCAGACGUAUUGCUCAAAUAUGCCGACAAAUCUUUAGAUAUCUACGUUGCAUACUGUUCUAAUCAAGUUAGCACAGAUACAACUCUGAAAGACUUACAAACGCGAAGAGGCCUGAAAUUUGCAGAAACAGUCUCACAAAUAGAAGCGCGUCCAACUUGUCAAUCCUUGACUUUGCAUUCGUUUUUGAUGUUACCGAUGCAACGAAUAACGAGGCUUCCUUUAUUGGCUGAUGCCGUUCUCUCUAAAUUACCAAUCGAACAUGCUGAUAAAUCUCAGUGGGAACGAGUUUUGUCGAGGUUCAGUCACGUUGUUGCUGAAUGCAACGAGGGUGCUCGAGCUGCUGCAAAAGAAAUCGAAAUGGAAAACUUAGCUAGAAAACUGGAAUAUUCCGUAAAAAUUAAACCGAUUCUAUUAAAAGGGAAACACUUGGUUAAAAGUGGUCCGGUCGUACAAUUGUCGACAAAAACCGACGCGGAAUACAAGCGUACCUUUGGAAGAAAAUUUAAUAAAACGCCUCUCUAUCUAUUAUUGCUCACGGAUUAUCUUCUAGUUGCAAAAUAUAAAUCUAAUACUCACGACGAAACCUAUACCGUAAUAGAUACUUGUAAAAGAAGUCUAAUCGCUUUAGAGCCAGUUCUCGAAGAUUCACAGUUUGCUGGACGCAACGCGAUGCUGUUGACUCUUUUAGAAAAUUAUUCCGGACACCAGGUUGAAUACAUUUUAACAUGCGAAAGUGAUACAGAAAGACAAAGAUGGUUGGAAGCAGUGUCACCCUCGGAACGAAGCUUGAUAGAAGAAACUCUUUACGAGGUAUGGGACUGUCCUCAAGUAGUAGCUUUAUAUUGCUAUUCUCCAAACCAACCGGACGAACUAUCAUUGUAUCCAGGGGAUGUUAUAAACGUAUUUAGGAAAAUGUCAGAUGGUUGGUAUCAUGGUGAAAAAUUAUUAAAUAGUGAACAGGGCUGGUUUCCUGGUAAUUAUACAAAAGAAGUUGCUUCAGAACAUGUUCGAGCAAAGAACCUUAAACAGAGACACCGUUUUCUUGCAGUAAGCGGAAAUGUACUGCAAAACAAGAAAAACAAACCAACAAUUAGCCAGUCACUAAACAAACUAAGCAAAAUUCAAUUGUACGGCAAAUUUCUACUUUCUGCUCUCAGCGGCUGGUAACAAUUUUGCGUUGCGACGUGGCGUGAGCGGUUAUUUUGUAUGGUACUCUAUAAAUAAAUAAUUAUUUACCUUAAAUAAUUUUGAAACGUAAACAGAGCGCAAAACAGUGAAGAAGUAUCGUGACACAUAGGUCGAUACGCCAUACCGACAC